ACACAAUUUGCACCUGUAAAUGAAAAGUCAAGUAAAUUUGACGUGUUUAAGUGUCUGCUGUGAAAUAGGUUAAUCCCAGCUGUCUGGUAAUUUAGGACAGUUACAAACAAACGAGGUAAAUCAAACGGCUGUUUUGAAAGGUCACAGGUUUAUAGCACAGUUGUUUGUCAGUCGUAUGCCAUCCAACAACCCGGAAAGGAAGCUAGUACAAACUCCUCUGUUAAAAAACAAAGACUUAAGUUUAGUGUUUUGAAGACGGAAAUUAAAACUGUGUAACUGUGCAACCACUGCUGACUUGACAGCAGCCAGAGAGACUUUCUCGAGAAUCACGUGUUAUGUGUGGGAGUGCGGAAAUUAUAAAUACCGGUGACCUGCACAUUGCCAGUUGUUAUUUCUCGGUUGGAACAGUACACAGACACCUCUCUGUAUUGGAAUGUCCUGCUUACUUCACUCAUAAAUGACAAUGACAAACACCGACAGCUACAAGAUGACCCAGUGGGAGGAACUGUUGAGACGGAACUUAAUCCAGGGCCGGUUGAGUCAGUUGUAUGAGAGAAAAUUCCCCAGACACAUCCGCCACUCUCUGUGCCUCUGCUUAGAGAGCCAGGACUGGGAUUUGGCAGCUUUGGAUGAAAAUAAAGCAAGAGCUUGUUUCCAUGCACUCCUGAUGUAUUUGGAUGAACAGUGGAAUCAUUCUCUCCAGGACAAUAACUUUUUCCCAGGACCUGAUUUUCCAGGGAUGAAAGACUACUUGGUGAAACACUUUCAAGAUGAGCCACUGAACUUGGCUGUAAUCCUCUCUGAAUGCCUACAGGAGGAAAAGAAAGUUCUGGCUUCAGCCUCUGAAAAACAGGGUUGUGGCAGUCCAGCUGUGCAACAAAAAUGGAAAGAGCUGGACAGAGGAGUCAAUGAACUGAAAAGACAGACUUUGGAGGUAAAGAAGGAAGUUAAGUCACUGGAGCUCCUGAAUGAAAACCUUGACUAUGUACAGAAGACCUGGCAAAACAAAGUGGAGCAGGACAGUGGAUUGGCCCAAUCCAAUGCUGCUGUGAAAGAGGGGUGUCUGAAGCAGGCCAACUUUAUCAUGCAAACAAAGCAGAUGGUGCUGCAGCAGAUAGUGGACAUUUUAAACCAGGCAGAGCAGAUUGUUGCAGCUCUCACUGAUGUGGAGCUGCCUGAGUGGAAGCACAGGCAGCAACUGGCCUGCAUUGGAGGUCCAGUCGACACCAGUCUGGACCACCUCGAGGAGUGGUUCACAGCUGUGGCAGACGUGCUAAUACAAGUAAACCAAGAGCUGCAGAAACUACAAGACCAGAGCAAGAAAUACAACAGCCCUGAUGCCUCCAGCUUCCCUGGAGAAACUGAGAACUUUACACUGUCCUUACUCACAAAACUUCUGGCAAAUGCUCUAGUGGUGGACAAACAACCCAUCAUGUCGAGUUUACCACAACGACCUCUGAUUCUUAAGACCGGGGUGCGGUUCACAGCAGCAGUCAGGUUCUUGGCAAAUCUCCCUGAAUUCAAGUGCCAGCUCAAAGUGAAACCUGUAUUUGACAAGGAUGUAGAAGAAACCACAACUGUUAAUGGGUACCGUCACUUUGACUUCACCAGUGAUAACAGUAAGGUGUUGGAUGUGGACAGGCCUGAUGGAGGCUUGGUGGCAGAAUUUGCGCACAUGACACUCAAGGAAAGCAAAGCAAGACCCAAAGGAUCAUGCGAGAGUCAUCUGGGAGUCACCGAAGAACUCCACAUCAUUAAGUUUGUGACAGAGCUCCAGUUUGCUGGUCUGAGUUAUAACAUUGAGGCCAGCUCCCUGCCUGUGAUUGUCAUCUCCAGUACCAGUCAGAUCCCCAGUGCCUGGGCCUCUGUCAUGUGGUGCAAUAUGCUGUCCACCAGCGAACCAAGGAACCUGUCAUUGUUUGUCGACCCUCCUCCGCUCACCUGGCAGCAGCUGUCACAGGUUCUGAGCUGGCAGUUUUUGUCUGUUGGCCAACGAGGACUUGAUGAAGAUCAGCUCUCCAUGCUGAGAGACAAAAUUGUGGAUAAUCCUGAUGGUAUCAUUCAUUGGAACAAGUUCUCCAAGAAUGAAAGUGUCUGGAUUUGGAUUGAUGGAAUCCUGGAUUUGAUCAAAAGACACCUAGUGGAUCUUUGGCAGGAUGGGUACAUCAUGGGGUUCGUAAGCAGGGAGACAACACGGGACCUGUUGAAGGAAAAACCGACUGGAACCUUUCUGAUUCGAUUUAGCGAGAGCAGUAAAGAAGGAGCUGUCACUUUCAGCUUUGUUGAACACUCCAAUAGUGAGACUCAUAUAUAUCCAGUAGAACCCUUCACCAAGAAGGAUCUAUUGAGACAGUCUCUGCCAGACAUUAUUGACCGCUACCGCAUGGAGGACUUGACCAGGAAUCCUCUGCUCUAUCUCUACCCAGACAUCCACAGAGACACUGCCUUUGGAUGCUACUACAGCACUGAAACAUUGGCAGCUAAAAAGGACAGGUGGUACAUGACCGUGAGACACUUCCAUGUCUCAAGCUAUCCUACACCACCUCCAUCUCCACCUCUGAUACACAUGGACAUGGACCCAGAUGUAAAUGCAGUGAUUCAGGAGCUCUUCCAUGAUUUUGGUGAUUUAUUUACAUGUUGGACACCUGGUCGAGACACACCACAAACUCAACAUUCUUGAUCAUAUUUUCUCCAUCUGGAAAUGAGCCAAGUUAUUGUGUUAGAAUCAGAAAGUUGAAUGGAAAAGAAUCCACUACGUGUAUUGUCAUUUUAUGCUGAUUUUGUUCUUUGUUCAUUUUUUGGUGCAGGUAUUUGUACAAUACAAUACAAUACAAUACAUUAAAAAUAUGAAAACAGAACAAGGUCAAAUAAGUCUAAAAAGUAAAUAUGUUAAUAUGUGUGUAUGUGUGGUAUGAGUAUUAUACAGAAUAUUAACAUACAAAAAUAAAUGUGGAUUUACAGGGGACUUAAGAUUCUGCUACAUGUAUUAAAUGUAUACAUUACAUAGGAUAAGAUACAAGAUACAUUCAAUGUUAAGAUAGUUGGGCAGUGUAACUUUUUUUAAAGUUGAAUAUUUGUACAAGCUUUCUUUAGGUAUGUUGUAGAGGAAAAUCCUGCUGCUGUGGAUAAAAAUGACAAUGCUGUACUGGUGAUGUGUUUUUUUUUUUUUUUUUUUUUUUUUUUACUUUUGUUUAUUAAAAUAAACAUAUUAGAAAGCAUUUCACUGCCAACAGCGAUAACAUCUGGCAUUAUAUGUUGCUGAACCUGUAGUUAUUAUUUUAUUUAUACAGGGAAAAGAAUAAGUACUGGAAAGUGCCAAAAAGUAUUUUUAGAAAUCCACAUACUAUCAGAGAAAACAUUUAAUCAGAAAGUCAAAGAACUGCAGAGCACAUUGCAACUACUGAAAUAUGUAUUAAUAUGUAAUAAAUAAAAUAUAUCAUAUAGUUCCAGGCCAUAUUUUCACUUAAAUUCCAUAAGCAACAAGUGUCAUUAAUGUUUUACCUGUUAAGUCAAAUGUACUGACUACAUGUGCAUCAUAAAAUUCAGCUGAAUCAUUUAUAUUUUUUGUAAAAAAUGAAACACUUUGUAUUUUUGCCAGUGUAGGUUCACCUUCAGAUUUCACAACACUCGAUGAGUCAAUUGCAAUUUGACACCACACCAGGGGGUCUUCAGACAUUAUGUGAAGGCUGAAUGAGUGUAUACACUGGAGUCGAACAGGCCUGUAUUUUCAUUUAUAAUAAUAUGACACUGAAUCUAUACCUUCCCAUCUAAAAUUCCUUAAUAUAAAUGUGAAUGUGCUGUACCUUUAAAUAAAUGAAAAACCUCAAAAAACUUCACCUUCUGAAUUUUCUUAUUUUCUCAGUCAUAACACAUGUUGGACAGGAUGUAUCCUAUUAACUUUGGUGAUCCAAAGUUACCAUAAGGCUAUAUGACCAAAUAUGUGAAAAAUGUUCCCAGCAACCUCAGCUGUAUUGUUUAUUUAGAGUUCAUUUGUAAGUUAUAGCAUAUUGAUGCACUACUCAAAAAUGGUGAACAUGGUUAAUGCAUGGUCAUUGUGAGCAUGUUAGCAUGUUGACAUUAUGCAUCGCCUCACAGAGCCCCUUGUGUGGCUGUAGAAUGUUAGUCUUGUUGACCAGUACAACAACAACAUAUUUUCCUGGCAUUGAGAAGGGUGUGUCAACAAUGCAGGGACUGAUUUGUUUGGGGUGUGUGUAUUGCCAGAAAUGACAACAGGCACUCUUUGGUUAAUAACUGUGGGUGGCAUUGCGAAUGUUACACAUGAUACCAACCACCUGGAUUACAAAAAUAUGACGAAGGAAAACACUGGCCAGAAGAAAUUCAAAUUGCAAGGAAAUGAUUCAUCCAGUUUGUAUCUUUGGUCCUUCGUAAUUGUUGUAGAUAAGUGAUACAUCAGAUACCAGUCAUGCAUUUUAGGUAAUAUAUUGUGAGAAAUCGAAAAGUAAAAAGACCCAGUUAAAGAUGAAAAAAGUAGCACUGAGUGUUUAAAUUUUUUAAUCAACUCAUUGCAGUUAACAUAUAUAACUUUAAAAAUACACGCAUGUAUAUUUUUUAAUUGAACUUCCAUCAUUUAAAGUGUUUUCAGUUGUACUCAGCUGCACACCAAUCGGCCACAAGCCUAAUAUGAUGUAGGUCGUCUUGUGUCGCCAGAACAGCAUCAGAUUCUGUAUGUUCUGUAAAUUGCAAGGUGGAGCCUCCAUGAAUCAGACCUGUUUUUCCAGCACACUCCUACAGAUGCUUGAUCAGAUUGAGAUCUGUGGAAUCUGAAGGCCAAGUCAAGACAUUGAAGUCACAUUCCUUAGAUUAUUCCUUAACUAUUUUUAUAGUGUUGCAGGGAGCAUUAUACUGCUGACAGGCCACUACCAUCAGGGAAUACUAUCACCAUGAAGGGGUGUACUUAGUGUAAAGCAGUGUUUAGGCAUGUUGUAUAUGUGAAAGUGACAUCCGUGUGAAUGCCACAGGGUUCCCAGCAGCACAUUGCUACACUUGCCCAUUUUUCCUGCUUCCAACACACCAACAUCAAGAACUCCCUUAUAUAUCCCACCCUUUGACAAGUGCCAUUGUAACAAGAUAAUCAGUGUUAUUCACUUCACCUGUUGUGGCUGAUACACAUAAUAUACAGAUGGGUGACAAAUUAACAACAGAAUGACAAUGCACACCCUCACCCACUCCUCCUCCCGCUCUCUAGAGGGCACAAAGGUGGCAUAUAUAUAUAUAUAUAUAUAUAUAUAUAUGUACUUUUUUUUUUUUUUUACAGGAAAUACACUUGGAAUGUUACAGCAUAACUUGAAGCCUGCGAACGUAUUUUAUUAUUAUUUUUUGGUAUAUUCUUACAGUACAUUCACAGACUUUGAUUUGAAUGAGAUCUGAAUGAAACCAUUUAAAAAUUUAAAUCUAAAGCACUGGGGACAUCAGUUGGGUAAGAAUUACUGAAAGAGGACCAUUCAAUAUUUUGACUUUCUUGGUGCUGGUAAACUUUUUUUCUGUGCAGGAAUGAGCAGCCUGUAAUAAAACCACGUUGCAAAAAUAUAUAUUCUGCUUAUGGAGUCACAGAGUUAUUUUCCGAAGGAAAAAGGCGAAUUUGAGGAAGAAUUCGAUCGCUGACAUGAGGUGAAGGAUGACUCCCCUGCUUAUGAACAUUAUCAACAUUAUAUUAUCAGCAUUCUUUGUCAAGUUUAAAAACCCAUGGAACAUACACAGAAAAAUGUAACUAUGCCAACAAAAAUAAAGAAACCAAUGUGCGUUUAUCAUGAAUGCAACAAAUAACAUUCUCUUACGCCUUAACUUCAUUUUACACAUUAAAAAGUCUCUCUG